AUGAAAAUUAAAGAUUCCAGAAAAUUCGAUGUCGGUAUUUACACGGUCAUUACGUCCGUGUUGCCCCUUCGCGUGUAUAUCUACGAGGGUGAUGUUCUUCUGCGCUUUUGUUCGAAAAAUUACGAGCCAUUUGAUGCCGAAGAUAUUAGCAAAUACGUUGUUGGCGAUGACUAUGUACCAGCUUGGGAAGUCAGUGGUUCAUUGGCAUUCGUUCAAUGCUAG